AAGAUUGAAUUGUGAGUAACGUGCACCGGACCUUGGUUUUGUCAAUGGUUUUUUUGCUUCCGGGUGUCAGGAAGCUUUUCGCGUUUGUUGACUAUGAGACUAUGACAUCAUCUGGCCAGUUAGACACAUAUACGUUCUGGCGAGAUAUAAUCCUACGCUAAAAACAGUGCACGGCAGAAUGGCAAUAGAACCGCACGUUUGUGGUAACAAUUAGCAAGUGCCGGUUCGAGUUUCGAUCAUCACGUCCGUCUGCUAUGAACGUUACUUAACAGUUUCGACUAAGCUCUAGUGAUGACUGCUUUAUAAAUUAACGGAUUUUUUGGAAAUUAUCUCGAAUAUUUUAAGCAAUAAUGGAAUAUUUAAAAAAUUGGUGGAGGUCACAGUUUGGAAGGCGGCGUAAAUUUAUUAUCGUACCAUUUCAACCAGAUGUGACCGAUGGCACCAGACUGGGCGUGCUCGCCGUCCAAGGCAUCGACUUCUGCAACGAAACCAACGGGGAAAACCAUCACACGAGCAAAUUCAAUCUGAUGAGCAGACCCGAGGACCGCUGUCUCGUGGUGCGGCGAGGGCAGGCCUUCAAACUCGACCUGCUGCUCAACCGGCCCUAUGAUGCCUCUAGGGACGCGCUCUCCUUUAUUUUCUACGUGUCCGAUGUGGAGAAACGUGGACCAUCAGACGACACAUCGGCUGCAGUUCCACUGUUGGACAAAGGAACAGAGAUGCCCGGAGCCUGGACGGCCGUGUACGAAGGUCAAAUGGACUCCCACCUAAUGGUCGCCGUCACCGCUUCAGCAAACUGCAUAGUCGCUGCUUGGAGACUCGACAUUGACACGAAGCUAAAGACUGGAGGGUCCUUGAGCUAUACGCAUCCACAGCCUAUUUAUGUGCUAUUUAAUCCUUGGUGCUUAAAUGAUGAGGUUUAUAUGCCAGGACACAGCCAUCGUGAAGAAUAUGUUCAAGAAGAUGGUGGUCUGAUGUUCCGAGGCGUUUACAACAGAAUAAAGCCAACGCCAUGGAACUACGCUCAGUACGAGAAAGACAUUCUGGACUGCGCGCUUUAUCUAGUCAGAGAAAUCGGAAAGGUGAAAGGUCGCGCCAGAAGUGACCCCAUUCGGACAGUUCGGGCGUUGUCCGCCGCCGUAAACGCCCAGGAUGACAAUGGUGUGCUUAUAGGCAACUGGGGCGCCGAGCUCAGCGACUACGACGGUGGAACACACCCGCUCAAGUGGGUCGGAUCCCUCGCUAUCCUACAGAAGUAUUACACCAAGAAAAAACCCGUCAAAUAUGCACAAUGCUGGGUUUACGCGGGUGUUUUAACCACAAUUUGCAGAGCUCUGGGUAUCCCCUGCCGGCCGGUGACCGGGUACGACGCGGCGCACGACAGCCAGGGCAGCCUCACCGUCGACAUCAUCAAGGACGAAGACGGCAACACGCUCGACCACUUCACGCAGGACUCUGUCUGGAACUACCAUGUUUGGAACGAGGUAUGGAUGGAGAGGCCAGACCUGGGUCCCGAGUACGGCGGCUGGCAAGCCAUCGACUCGACGCCGCAAGAAAUGUCAGAGGAUCUAUUCCGCUGCGGCCCGGCCUCUAUACGCGCGGUUCGCGACGCCGACAUUCAGAAACCGUAUGACGCGGGAUACGUUUUCGCGCAAGUCAAUGCUGAUAAGGUAUUAUGGAAAUAUUCCGGCGAAAUCCAGCCUCUCAAGCUAUUGGCUCGGGACACGACCUCUGUUGGACAAAAUAUAUCUACUAAAGCCAUCGGAAAGAUGGAGCGAGAGGAUAUAACCGACUCCUACAAGUUUCCGGAGCGCACGUGGGAGGAGCGCGCGACGAUGGAGAAAGCUCUGCGUCGGUCAUCCAACAUCUUCGCUAGAUACUAUCUCAACGACGCCUUUAACGACGUGGUGUUUGACUUCGAGCUGAGAGACGAUAUCAAGAUCGGGCAGGACUUCAGUGUGAUCCUACACAUGAACAACCGUUCGUUAGAGAGCAAGCACCAAGUGAAAGGCGUGCUGCGAGUAGACACCGUGACGUACACGGGCAAGUCCGGCGAGUCCGUCAAACGACAGGAGUUCGACACGACGCUCGCACCCGAGGCCAAGGACCAGGUCACCAUGCUAGUCACUUUCGACGAGUACUACAAGCGACUCAUUGAUCAGGCAUCCUUCAACAUCGCCUGUCUCGCCUCAAUAGUGGACAAGAAUUUCGACUACUUCGCGCAGGACGACUUCCGGGUCCGCAACCCCGACAUCAAGAUCACCGUCGAAGGCAAGCCGGUGUCCCACAAGGAGUUCACUGUUACUGUCAAGCUGGAGAACCCAUUGCCCAUACCGCUGAAGAAUGGAAAGUUCUACAUCCAGGGCCCGGGGUUGGAUGAGCAGCUCAAGAUCUCUCUGGAUGAGAACGUGCCCCCCGGCGAGUUCGCGACCGCGCAGUUCAAGCUGACGCCGCCGUGGGCCGGACGGCACCAGAUCUCAGCCAAGUUCACAUCCAAGGAGAUACACGACAUCGACGGGUUCCUCAUCCUCAUGGUCGCGCCCCCGGAGACCAACGGAUACUCGGAAACAAACGGAUUAUAAGAAAACUUCUUGGACACUGUGCCAGUUGAACUCGCCAAUAUCAAAGUAUUAUAUAUAUGCACUGUGUAUAGUCGACGAUGACAACGACGUAAACAUAUCUUAUGUUUAUAUUUGUCGUCUUACAAAGGCCUUUUACAAAGGAGGAAAGUGCAAAAGUGUAGACUUUUUUGACGUCGACAGUCGUAAUUGGACAGAGACGCUGACGGCCAAAGUGGCCAAAAAUGUACCUACCUACCAUAUAUGUAUAUCUGAACACGUCAUUAAGUCAUUAUUAUUUCUAUGGUAACAAUGGAUGAUGUGUUUCGAUACCUAAUAUUUGGGGACUUUGGAAGUCAUUAUAUAUAUUGAUGCUGAUUGUACUUAGGUCAAUCUGAAUCUAGUACAAUAAUUUCUUGAAGGAGGCAGCGAAACUAAAAGUGAGAGAUAAGAAUAUUAUUUUGUAUGUAUCAGAGUAUGAAUAGAACUAAAGAUCGUUUCCAACAGGCAUCAUUGUUAUCUGUUAAAUAUAAAUUAAUUACACAUAGCGGCCUCCACAUGAUAUGCGGCUCCAGCGAUUUACUUUUAGAUUUUGUCAGGAGAAAAAGGCGGCAAAUUUGAAAAAUGUAGGCGCGUAGGAUCUUUCUCCCAUACAAAGUUUAAAUGUCAGGCCUUUUUCUUUGACAAAGUUGGCUAGCCUUUACCUAUACUAAAUAUUAUGAUAUUUAUGAUAUGACAUUUUAAGUAGGUAAAAAAACACUAUCAAUUCGAGUGUCUUCGAGUUUUUUAUCUUCGGUGCCUGCCUUAUAGUAACAAAGCUUUAAAUGUGUUAUAGUUUUUACCUUACUGCCUACAGUCAGGAGCGGGAAGAAGCUAAGCUAAUAAUGCCCCAAAUGAAAAAAAAAAACCGUUUGAUAGCUUUUCCGCGAAGCUACUUCUGUUACUGACUGUACAGUACAACUCAUUCUAGUUUUACUCAAUAGGAUAACUUGUAUUAUAACUAUUAUAAGUCAAACCUAAUAUACUUGUAAGUAUUAUUUAUGAAGUGUUUUUGUCAGUUAACCGUAGGUUAUUAAAAAAAUAAGUAUUAAGUAUAAGUAUACUAAAUAUUUUUUAUUAAUAAUAAAUAUCUAUAACUACGCGCAAA